UUUGCACUUCUUCACGGGCCCGCCCACAUCUAAAACCCGGUCCAGCCUUGAUGGGCCCAACAAAACCCUAGAGAUGCAGAGAAGGGGUUUUAGAGCUAGACAGAGAGAGUUGCAGUGUACGGUCAUGGAGAAAGCAAUUGCAACGCUAGAUACAGGGACGACAUGUUCGUCGUGGAAUUAUUGUGGCCAAAGGUUGGCUACUGGCUCUAUCGAUGGUUACCUCUCCAUUUUCGACCCGCGUGAUCCUGGAUCUUCCUCCUUCACUCGCACCUCCAAAAUUAGGGUUCAUGAUGCUGGCAUUGUAAAAGUUGUUUGGGUUUCUCCUGAACAUGGUGAUGCUGUUGCUUGUAUUUGUUCUGAUGGGAGUUUGUCUUUGUGGGAGGAGGUUGUAGAAGAUUCACAGCUUCAAUGGAAGCUUUCUAGAAGCUUUCAAAGCAAGGGAAAUAAAGUGUUAGAUGUUCAAUUUGGAUUUUCGCGUACAAUUUUAAAAAUGGUUGUGGCUUACUCAGAUGGUAAUCUGAAAGUCUACGAGCUCUUGGAUCCCCUGGAGUUGAAGAAUUGGCAGCUUCAGGCUGAAUUCCAGAAUGUUAUUGAUUCAGUAUCUACAUUUGGGAGAGCAAUUUGCUUUUCUGCAUCUAUUUCUUGGAACCCACAAAGGGCUGAAAACCAGGACUUGAGCUUUGUUCUGGGCUUCAAUUCAGAUACACCACAGUUGAACUCUUCGAAGGUGUGGGAGUUUGAUCAGGCGCAUCAAAGAUGGCUUCCAGUUGCAGAGUUGGCUUUGCCUGCAGACAAAAGCGAUCAGGUUUUUGCUGUUGCGUGGGCACCCAACAUUGGGCGGCCAUAUGAGGUGUUAGCCGUUUCUACUCACAAAGGAAUUGCAAUAUGGCAUCUAGGAUUGAACCCUGAUGUGGAUGGAAGACUAUCAGUGGAAAAGGUUGCAUUGCUCUCGGGAUUUGAAGGCGAGGUGUGGCAGAUGGAAUGGGACAUAAGUGGAAUGACAUUAGCGACCACAGGAACUGAUGGGGUUGUAAGGCUCUGGCAAUCCAACUUGAAUGGUGUUUGGCAUGAGCAAGCUGCAUUUGAUUCCAGUUAAGACCCUGUGCAGAACAUCUUUUUUAUCAAAUCUUGCUUCUGCCAUUUUCCUUUUCUGCUGCCAAGGAAAAACAUGGUUCAAAUACUCCAGUUUGCCUACAACUAUUUUUUCUAAUGUUUAUGUUUGAAUUGCGGAAAUUGAGAUCACCCACAACAGCUUGCAUUAUUUUCAUCCAUCAGACUCGAGUGAUUGCUUCAGAAAGUAAUUUAAUAUCUAACCGAAUGUAUUUCAGAGCCCUCACUGUUAUGGUUAUUGGUUAAUUUUCAGUAUUUGUUGAUACUGUUCUGUUG